AUGCCAUGUGUGGAAGAUGAGGCAAUUCGCCGGAGCUUGCAUCGAGAGGACCAGUUUGUCGCUAAUAACAAAGCUGUGUGGAAUAUGUUAUAUUCAGUCUGCCAUGGAACUGAUGCUUGGCCUGUUAUCAAAGGAUACAAGACUACAGAAAAUGGAAGGCAAGCGUAUCUUGAUCUGGUUGCCCACUAUCAGGGUGAGGGCCAACUCAAUAAGAGGCGCGACUCUGCCUACCGUGUCUUGAAUACAACCCACUACAAUGGAAAGAAGAAUUUUAGUUUUGAAAAAUUUGCGGCACGGGUUCUUGGUGCCUUUGAAGACUUGAAAAAUUGUGGCGAUGGCAUGUCGGAACAUGCCAAGGUAACCAAGUUCUUGAGCAUGAUCAAAGAAGGCCCGCAGGGCGCAGGCUUGGACGCAAAGAAGGCCCGCAGGGCGCAGGCUUGGACGCCUACUGAAGAUACGGCCCAGCAAACUCAUCGCUUAACUGCGAUCAGCGGCACAAGAGCCUUAGCUGCGGUCGAUGGUGGGGGACGAAACUCCAAUCGCGGACGUGGCCGUGGUCGUGAUCGUGAUAAUGGUGGUAGUGAUCGUGGUGGCCGUAAUCGUAAUCGUAAUCAACAUGGACGUGGCGGGGGUCGCGGACGAGGUGGUAGUCGAGACCACGAUGGUACUGUAUGGUCCGAUGAUGGCACGACCAUCCUCAACAACGGUGGAUACUCCCAAGACACUUGGAGCCGUUUUUCUGAUCGUGAUCGCCGUGUUGUCCUUCAAGCCCGUGAACGUGCUAACAGUCGUCUUAUGAGUGAACGUGACAUUGCAGAAUUGAACUCUUUGCGUGAACAAAAUCGUGAACGCCAACAAAGUGAAGAACCCGCACCUUCACCAGCUCCAGCACCCUCUUCUGGCAACGUUGGUAGUGGAGUUCGACGUGGCCGUCGCUGA